AGUUACUUUCACUACAGCUCAAUGUCGAUAGAGCCUGAAGUUCCAUACGAUUUAGACGACGAGAUUGCCGACAGCUGGCGUGAUCCAGAUGUUCUACGAGACGAUAUCAUCGGUCGAGCUCGGACUCAAUUGAGCAUUACCCCAGGCUUAGAAGUAUCUAGCCCGAGCAACGACCAAAAUUAUGACAGCUACAUAGAAAAUAUCGACGCUCCUGAUCGGUUUCCAGAUGAUUAUUGGGUGUUACCAGCAAACAGAACCCUUCGAGAUUUACUGGGAAACGACCGCAAAGCACGAUUUGCUCGUCUUCGUGAGGAGACAACGGCGUAUGUCGAAUACAAUGACGCGAAGGGUCAAAUAGAUAUUUGGGGAGACUCAAUUGCUAUUCAAAAGGCAAAAGAUCAACUAAAUAUGCUUGCCACUAAUCUACACGAGAACGAGAUGAAUUCGAGAAGACGAAGAAAAGGGUGGGCUCGUCCCGAGCGACCUCUUACUGAGCGAGAGCAGAGACGGGUAGAACGACAUGAAAAGCGACUUUUAGAGGAGAGGGUUUAUCAGCAACAUCCGACAGGCACGCAACCAUAUAGCGGCGUCUUCAUGAUCCCUGAUAGGAAUAUGCCUAUCAUGAAGUAUCUCGGAGAUAAAGAAGUCUAUUUAAAUAGUCUCAGAGCAGAGUGUAAAUGCUACAUGUGGUACGACAAGGAUGCUAAUGCUAUACGAAUGUCGAGCGAUUCGCCAGAGAAGAUUCUAGAAGCUGGCCGCCGUCUUCGAAAUUGGUAUCUCAAGUCUGUACGUAGGAUCACCCCUCAACGACUACAUCUGUUGCGUCAGCCGAAAGAGAAACUGCUAGUUCGUUUCAGUCGACUACCACCUGAUUUUAUCAUCAGUGAUACACUUGAUCCAAGACAAGAACAGAAAUUGGAGAGCAAAUAUAGGCUAAUGGAACCUGUGAAAACUGGCGUUCCUGUGACUCUUCAAGAAAAGAACCUGAUCGACUUGGAUGACGACGAUAUGUUGCUUAUGAAGAACACAGAUGUUAGGAGCCUAUCACCCGAGUUACAAACGCUUGAUGAGAAUAAUGCUCAACAGUUGCAGGAUGUACUGGAAAAAGCGCUUGAAAGCAUUCGGUUAUUUGAUUGGGAAUUUGUAAUGAAGAUCCAGUUUGGGCAAAUAUGUCUCAUUGAUUACCCGAAUCGAACCGACCCACUGUCGCUGGAAGACCUGGCCAACAAGUAUUUUCCAAAUCCUAAGUUCAGAUCAGGGCUGGCCCCAUGCAUAUCUGUGGACAAAAAUCACAUCAACCCGUUGUUAGAGUAUCUUAAUCGAAACUGUCACGAAUAUCACGAUUCUCCUAGGGUUACUUUCUCAAUGGAUACAUUACAAUACCCGACCUUUACAGUGCCAGUAAGAGAUCGUCGUGACUCUCAGCCACAAAAAAGGUCUAGAUGGCCAACAACUAUCACUUGUACGUUCAACUCUAAUGGAUCCAUUAAUCUUUGGAACUGCCUGACCGACCACGACGACCUUGUCAUUGCGAACUGUGUAAGCUUGGAUAGUGACUAUUCUUGGGAACUUAAGUUACAAUCGUCCAGAAGACUCCCGUCCGAUAUUGAUACACCACAGGGCCAAUUGGCGACAAAUUCAAAACUUGGAAGUGACAAUAGUUUGGUAUAUCCUGUUAUCCGAGAUGUAGAGGUACAGAAAGUCACAAAGAAGACAAAGUGGCUGUAUGGAUGGGGCGACUGGGUGGUCGAAGUUGGCAGAGACGAGGUUUGGGUUAGACAGCAGCUUGCGCAGCAAGAAAAUGGAGUUCAUUGCGACUUGUCUUUGCUGGAGCCGAUUAGAACGGUUUGGAAAGUAGCUAUAUACCAUGAAAACUGGCAUCAUAGACUUGCACAAAAUUUGACGCUGAAGAUCGGAGAGGCACCAAAUUGGAAAGUUGCAGAUUUUCUGUCAAAAGAUGGAGAGGAUACCCGCGUCAUGCUUGCUACUGCCCGUGCUUUCAUUGACAUAUUGAAUAAUGAAGUUCCACUGUAUUGGAAGACCGAUGGCAACCUUUUCACCAAAAUUCCACUGCUUUUCUAACUUUUUUUCCUCUGUAAUAAACUCUAUUGAAUAAGGGCAUCUCACUGUAAC